CUUUAAAAAAAGUCUCUGCACUAUUUCAGAGAACAUUAAUUUUUAGUUGUAUCCGAAAUCAUAGUAGACAUGAAAUUAUUAAGUACUGUACACUCAACACACAAUGCACCGCAAUAAUGAGAUCACAAUUCUCGCGUCUCGGCGGAAGAUGGCGCCCACACUACAAGCGAGCCCAAUUAAGUCUUCGAAUUCACUUAAUCGUUUUUAGUCACUUAUUCAAGUGAACUAUACUAGUUAUGGUAAUAAUAAAUGAAAGUAUAAGGGGCUAUUUCGGACACAUCCAGAGUUUCUCUGUGAUUGCGCCUUGUUGCGUGCCACGUGACGUCACUCGCCAACGUGGCACCGCCCCCUUCAAUCCUCUGUUUUGACAUCCUCGCAUCAGCAUCAUCCGGCGCAUCCCUUCACGCGCGCUCUGGGCACGGAGGCGGAGGCGGGGAUCUCUCGCUCUUUCUGUCUCAACAUCGGGUCAGCCAUUUAAAUAUUAAACAGUGCACGGGGUAUUUCACGUGGCACUGCUCGGUGCCACUGUCUGCAACUAUCGCAUCAUUUCGUGUUUUUGAAGAGAAGCGUCACAUUGCCGGGAUGUCGAGUCUGCUGGAUAACCCUCUGCAGGCGGUGUUGUAUCUGAAGGAGCUCACGGCCAUCGUGCAAAACCAACAAAGUCUCAUCCAAACCCAACGAUAUCGGAUAGACAUCCUCGAGCGCCGACUGGAGGAUUUAGUGCUUGAGAAUCGGCAGCUACGGGACUCCAGCAGCCAUCACCGGCACCCUCCCCGCUAUCAUCCGCCUCCGCCCCCCCGGACCUCCAGCCUGCCCCGAACGAGCCCGGCCAGCAGAGACCCGGUUCAGUCCCAGACCCAGGAGCAUCAAUCCCCACACGACAUGCAGCUCGUGCCCGCUGGAGCCAUCAGUGCCAGUUCGGACUCUCCUGAUCAAGAUGAUGAUGUAGCUCAGGACCCCUGCUGUCGGUCCCUGGUCCCACAAAGACCUGCCACCCUGUGUCGAGCUGUGGGACUCCCACGGGCAUCCGAGAGCCAGACGGUCCUGCAUCAGUUUUGCUGUCCUGCACCAGAACCUUCAGAUGGAGACUUCAUGACCUGCUCCAGCUCCACUCCUACAGCGAGAGAGGAAGAGAAAGAUGAGAAAAAACACAUGGAGUCUGAUGCUCCCAGCUCACAGCCUCCAGAAUAUGAGCUCUCACCUGAUCUCAAACAAAAACAGAUUGAAGAGCUGGAGCAAAAGUAUGGGGGUCCUCUGAUUUCCCGGCGUGCGGCCUGUAAGAUCCAGACUGCUUUUCGUCAGUACCAGCUGAGUAAGAACUUCCAGAAGAUUUGUAACUCAGUUCUGGAGAGUGGGAUACCACGGCGUAUGUCAGUACGUCGGGUCCGUGUUCAGAGGGAUGGUUUUUCUGCUGAACGGGCUCUGAUGGAGGGUUGUUCACUCAUGGGUAUCCCACUAACACACUCCACAUCACUGCCGGUGGGUACAGCGACUACACUCACACACCUGGAGGAUACCUUCACUGAACAGGUGCAGUCAUUAGCGCGGUCCAUCGACGAAGCUUUAUGCAGCUGGAGUUCAGCACGAGAUGGUGAGGCAGAAAGAUCUUCUGCGGUCCCUUCCUCUGCGUCUCAUCCUGAGGGGCUUCUGAUGGACUCCACCACCCUACAAGAACCCUCGCACAGCAGCGGUGUGGAGAGCAUUCCCCGCAGCGCCAGUAAACUUAUGAUGGCUUUCAGAGACGUCACUGUUCAAAUUGACAACCGUAACUUUCGCCUCUCUUCAUCCAUGCUGGAAUCAGUUUCCCUUGGUAACGGCGUAUCCAAGGAGACCAGCUCAGAAGCCCAAACGAGGGGCCAGUCCGAAUCAUCCGCCACAGUCGAUCCUGAGUUUCCAGCGCCGCCCCCCAACGAAGACGAGAAAGAGAACCGACAGCCGACCGGAUCGGAUGUACAGAGCGCAGGGGCGGGGCAGGAGGGGAAACCGACCAGUCAGAAUGUGUCUGAGACGGCAGAAAACAGUUCAGAGCCUGUUAGUAGCAGCAGUACCUCAACAUCAGCAUGUGAGACGAUGAUUCUGUCUCUGCCACGCCCACACUGCCAGGACACGCCCUGUGGCACCCUCUCUACAGAUAUUGCACGCAAGCGCCUAUACCGAAUUGGACUCAACCUCUUCAAUGUAAAUCCAGACAAAGGCAUCCAGUUCCUGAUAUCCAGGGGUUUCAUUCCAGACACAGCCAUAGGCGUGGCUCACUUCCUGUUACAGAGGAAAGGAUUGAGCCGACAGAUGAUUGGAGAAUUUCUGGGUAACAGCAAGAGACAAUUCAACAGAGAUGUCUUAGACUGUGUUGUGGAUGAGAUGGAUUUCUCUAUGCUGGAGUUGGAUGAAGCGUUGAGGAAGUUUCAGUCUCAUGUAAGAGUUCAGGGAGAAGCGCAGAAAGUGGAGAGACUCAUUGAAGCGUUCAGUCAGAGAUACUGUAUGUGUAACCCGGAUGUGGUUCAGCAGUUUCAUAAUCCAGACACCAUCUUUAUCUUGGCCUUCGCAAUAGUACUGCUGAACACUGACAUGUACAGUCCCAACAUCAAACCAGAGCGCAAGAUGCUGCUGGAAGACUUCAUUCGUAACCUUAGAGGGGUGGAUGAUGGGGCGGACAUUCCUCGGGAGAUGCUGGCUGGGAUUUAUGAGAGGAUUCAACAGAGGGAACUUCGUUCCAAUGAGGACCACGUGACCUAUGUUACUCGCGUGGAGCAAAGCAUUCUUGGAAUGAAAACGAUACUGUCGGUCCCUCACCGCAGGCUCGUAUGUUGCAGUCGACUCUAUGAGGUCAUUGACGUCAACAAACCUCAGAAACAGGCGUCACAUCAGAGGGAGGUCUUCCUCUUCAAUGACCUCAUAGUGAUUCUGAAGUUGUGUCCUAAGAAGAAGACUACAGCCACAUAUACAUUCUGCAAAGCCAUGGGGUUACUGGGAAUGCAGUUUCACCUGUUUGAGAAUGAGUAUUAUCCUCAUGGAAUUACGUUAUUGUCUCCGUUCUCCUCGGAGAAGAAGCAGGUGGUGAGUUUCUGUUCUCCGAGCGCUGAAGAGCUGCUCAAGUUUGUAGAGGACCUGAGGGAGAGCAUCGCAGAGGUGGCAGAGAUGGAGCAGAUUCGCAUCGAGUGGGAACUAGAAAGACAACAAGUUGUGAGAAAUCAGACCAACAAGAACGGCACACAGCUAGACAUCCACGCUGGACCUAGUUCUGCUACAGGAGAUGAUUACUAUGACAAAACUGGAAGCAACACUUUAGAGGUGUCAAUUCACAACAGGCUCCAAACGUACCAACUCAGCUCUCCUCUGGUCCCAACCAGCGCUCAGCAACACCUGGCCGUCCUGCCUAGCCCCGCCCCCGGCUCCGCCCUCACCAUCUCCCCCGACACCCUCAUCCAGUGCCAGCAGAUCGUCAAGGUGAUCGUCGUCGACGCCGCCGGGCGCGGCCACGUGGAGGCCUUCCUCAGCCACAACCCCGCCCAUCGACUCAUCCAGUCCGCCGUCUCCACGCCCACCAGAACGAGGGAGGCUGGCAAGCAGCAGCAGCCGCCCCUCCCUCCUCCACCUCCUCCUUAUCAUCACCCCCAUCAGUUUUGCCCCCCCACCCCUCCGCCGCCACGCCACCUACUGAGCCAACGCAGGUACUCCAGCGGCACACGCAGUCUGGUUUGAGCGCACUGUUACAGGUUUCUUUCAGUAUUGAACGUUUUCCCAAACCUGCACAACUUUUUAUGGUGUAACACGAUCGAGCUAAAACAAAGGGACUGGAAACGAGAAAAAUAACAGCUUGUAAAUAAUGACUGGAUUUCAAGAGUGAACGAUUCUUUACCCACAAAUAAUCAGCACUCUUAAAAAACGUAAAUAGCACAAACAGCCCAUUUUGAAGUAUAAAUUCACACACUAGAGUAAUACUGUUACUGGAGGACCUCAUGGUCUUCACUUGAAGAUUUAGUGUGAGCAAUGUAGAUGUAGAGGAGUUUUAUAAGGGAUUUCACAGAUUUAGUUUGAUGUGUUCAUUUCGUCUUAAUCGUAUGAUGUGUUUAUAUUUUUGGAUUUUCCUUUACACGGGAAGUUGUGUGCCCCUCUUGAUCUAAACUACACAGAUGUUGGAUUCAUUUAGAUUUAUAUUUAAUGUCACCAGAAAAACAAAUAUUUGCAGUCACGUAAUUAUUCACAUACUGUAGUAUUUUGUAUGGACAUAGUCAAAUCUUCUUUCAUCUCUGAAGUCAGUCUGGUUUUAAAUAAAGCAAAAGUACAUCCCACCUCCAACAAACAUACAAACGUCUGACUAUCCCAAGGUUUAUGAUGAGAAUUAAGUGAUGACCCUUUGCCACUAAAGGAUGUUAAAGUUACAGAUGUUAUUUUGUAUUUGGCAUCAUCUACUUACUUUUACUGUAUAUCCAGU